AUGUUGUUUUCAGAGCAUGCCUCCAGAAGACAUGUUUGCAACUACAGUAUUGCCAAAGAUGUCUCAAGGAGAACCAUUAAUCUUUCAGACAAGCUUUCUAUCAUCACGGACCCCACAAUCAUUUUGGAAACAAGUGACCAAUUUGAUGAGGAAAAUCCACUGUGUGCUUUCCUCUUGCCAUUGCGUUUUUUCAAAUCAGAAAAAUCAAAGCAGCCACACGUUCUUGGUCUCCCAGAGCUUCCUCAAGAAUUUGAGCAGGAAGAUUGUCAAAGGCUUCCAGCAUUCAAAAACCUCAUGAAAAGAAAAAAGGAAUCACCAGGAGUCAAUUUGAAAACAGGUGCUGAGUCGGACGAACCUGACCAAACAAACCGACUUUCUAUUUCCGACUCUGAAGAACUAACAAUUCCUUGUGAUAGCAGAAGACUUCCAAUCUUCAAAAGUAUCACGAAAAGAUAUAGAACAGAAAACUCUUCACCAAAAAGCACCAACAUUCAAAAUGAAUCGACAGGUCCCACAGAAACAUUGCAGGAAUCAAAUUUAUCAGCUCAUGGAGUAAACGACGCUACAGAAAACUUCGAAUUAGAAUCUCAACGACCAGAUUCUCCAACUAAUGUAGCUCUAGACUUUAAUGAAAAUGAAGAGGAGCUGGAAGCUCAUGAUCAUCUGAAUGCAGCUGAUGCAAAAGGAGUCAUCCAAAGAGAGUUAACUUCUAUUCCACUUAACUUACAACAACUCCCAUUCUAUUACAUGGCGUUUCUCACACACUACCCAUACUUCCAAGGAGUACGAAUUCCGGCGAUGGUCCGUUUCAAAAGUAUCCUCUCAAAUCGCCCACCGGAGUGGCUCUACCCGUGUGCCAUAUUCUACGCCCACGACUUGGAUUUAGUCGUAUUCAAGGAACCGGACCAUGUUUUCACGGAUGUGGAGCUUGUUCGCCUACAACAACAUGUCGAUAAUAUUUAUUACGAAAGAUGCAGAAUUUUGUUUCCUGGUCCAGGAGAAGGAACGGCACUCAUCAGACUGACAGAUAUCUCAGAGGGAUGUUGCAUUAUCUACAAAUAUGGAGGUCAUGUGAAUCGUUGGGAGGAUUAUGACUAUGAGGAGAUCAACAGAUGCAUGAAUCUUCCCAUAGAUCGAUGGCGCGAUGGCCUGUUGAGGUUUGAAUAUAUUCCCAUGCCAGUGGAACAGCUUCCGAUACCACAGGAGAGGGAUGAUGAAUUCUCCGAAUUUGAGGAUGACUCUGGCAUCGGAGAAUCAGAUGAGGAGGUGGCUGCAGAAGAAGAAAGAGAUCGUAAUUAA